AAAGACAGGCAUUUAAUCGAGCAAAGAUAAAAUGGCAGCGUUAAAACGACCUCUAGUUUAGCUAGUCAUUUGUUACUGUUGAUUGUAUUUUGUCGCGCCUGAAAUUUUUUCUAAACCACAAAAGUAAUUAAAGGCUGUCUUUUAGGUAAAAAUGAUAAGAUUUUCACCUGGAAGGAUGAAAAUGUCUGGGGUUCCAGUGUGGCGAUGUUUCCAGCAGAAAAUCAGGACACCUUCGUACCCGUCGACAAACAUUACGUACCUUCCCCGGCUGCGGUUUCCUUCUCAGUCCUCCCUCGUGUUUGUGCCACACGGACCAGCUUCCUCCACCAGGCUGCUGAGGGUCCAGUCUGUAAGCUGGGUGGCCUCACGUCUCUGCCAUGGGGAUCCACAAGACGUCUCACAAAAACAAGGCGGCGGAAAAGAAAGGUUGAGCAUGAAGGCACUAAUCAAGGCACCCAAACCGGCACUGUACCUCGGCCUUUCAGGGCUCAUCCCCUUCCUGUCCGCCCCCCUCCUGAUGGCYGCCUCACAGUCUUUCUAUCCCGAAGUGGCGUUUGCUCAGAUGUUGUAUGGAGCCUCUGUAGUAUCCUUCUUAGGAGGUGCCCGUUGGGGGUUUGCCAUCCCUGCUGGAAGUCCCGCCGAACCAAACUGGAUGAACCUGGGUAACAGCGUGGUGCUGCCGCUUCUGGCCUGGUUAGCGCUGCUCUGCAGGGACAACAUCACUGAGGGGGUCCUGGUGGUCAUCAUGGGUCUGGGUCUGUCUCUGCAUUAUGACUUGAUCUUGCUGCCUGGCUACCCUGCCUGGUUCAAAGCCCUGAGAACUCUCCUCACACUGGUGGCUACCUUCUCACUGGUGGCCACACUAGCACUAAAGAAAGUAUACCCUGAGAAAAAAAUUAAAAACAACUGACUUUGUAAAACAAACUAUAUGGUGRUAAUAAAAACAAGUUUUUUUUAGUAAAAUCA